AUGAUCCCGUUGUUGAUGGUUGGACCAAAUUUGGCCACCCGGGAGAAUCCAGAAGAUGUGGAUCCGGAAGAUGUGAAUCCGGAAGAUGUGAAUCCGGAAGAUGUGAAUCCGGAAGCUGUGAAUCCGGAACCUGUGAAUCUGGAAAAUGUGAGUUUGGAAAAUGUGAACCCUGUGGCUCCGGUGAAUUUGGCUCAGCUAGGAGCUAGAUUGGUUCAGGUAGAAGAACAAGUGAAGCAAGGGUUUAAGGAAAUUAUUGAGAAGGUUGAUAGUCUGUAUAACAGAGUUAAAUCUGUGGAAUCAUAUGUGAGAUGGGCCUCAGGUGAAAAUGAAUAUUAUACGAAUGAAGGUGUUGGAGAUACGAAUGAAGGUAUGAAUGAAGGUGGCAAUGGAGAUAUGAAUGAAGCUGAGAUGGAGGAGGCUGAGAAGGAGCAGGCUGAGAAGGAGCAGGCUGAGAAGGAUAAGGUUGAGAGGGAGCAGGCUGAGAAAGAGCAGGCUGAGAAGGAUAAGGUUGAGAGGGAGCAGGUUGAGAAAGAGCAGGCUGAGAAGGAUAAGGUUGAGAGGGAGCAGGCAGAGAAAGAGCAAGCUGAAAGGGAGCAUGCUGAGAAGGAGCAGGCUGAGAGGGCUAAGGCGGCUAAGACCGAGAAGGCUGAGAGGACUAAGGCCGAAAAGGCUAAGGCCGAGAAGGAUAAGACCGAGAAGGCUGAGAGGGCUAAGGCCGAAAAGGCUAAGGCCGAAAAGGAUAAGGUAGACAAGGAGCAAGCUGAUAAGGCUGAGAAGGAUAAGUCCAAGUCUGAUAAGGAGCAUGCUGAGAAAGAACAAAGUGAGAAGGAAAAGUCUGAGAAACCCGAGACCGAGAAGGGGAAGGUUGAUGAAGAGAAAGCACAACUUGGUACAACUGAUGAAGAGAAAGAACAACUUGGUACAGUUGAAGAAGAGAAAGAACAACUAGGGACAACGGAAAAAGGCCGAGAGGAAGAUGUUGAGAUGGAACAUGGCGAGAAAGAACAAGCUAAGGAUAAAGGAGAAAAGAGGGAAAGAGAAGAAGUUGUUCAUGCUCACCAAGGUAAAAGGGUGAAGAUCAUAAGCAAGAAGAAGGGAGCGACUGUGGUCAUAAGGAGUCCUAUUCAGACAAGACAAAAUGCGAAGAAGGAUAAUUGA